AUGGCGACCCGGGGCACUGACUCCGCCCGUUUCCGCUCCCUCUCCCGCCAUUGGCGCUGCGGGGCCGCGGCUCUCACCGGGCGGGGUGGGGAAAGCGGCUCCAUCGCCGAAAGGGGAACCCGGGACGGGCUCGGAGCGGCUCCAUCGCCGAAAGGGGAACCCGGGACGGGCUCGGAGCGGCUCCAUCGCCGAAAGGGGAACCCGGGACGGGCUCGGAGCGGCUCCAUCGCCGAAAGGGGAACCCGGGACGGGUUCGGAGCGGCUCCAUCGCCGAAAGGGGAACCCGGGACGGGCUCGGAGCGGCUCCAUCGCCGAAAGGGGAACCCGGGACGGGCUCGGAGCGGCUCCAUCGCCGAGCGGAGCUCCUCGGGAGGUCCCCGCAGCCUGAGGGGCCGGGCACGGCGGGGCUCGGGGCCGUGCAGACGCCGCUUUUCCCGUCUUUCAGCCUGUCCCCGUCGCUGUGACUCGGCAGGUUCCAGCCGUUCCCGGCUACUCGCGCCCAUCGAUCCCCGGAGCUGCAGGGGACGGGUCCAGGCCGUGGAGCGGCUGGAGGAGGAGCUGACCUGUGCCAUCUGCUGUGACAUCUUCUCGGAGCCGCGGGUGCUGCCGUGCUCGCACACCUUCUGCCGGCCGUGCCUGCAGGGUCUCCUGCAGCCCUCGCACGGAUUCCCGGCCGGGAUGUGCCUGAGCUGUCCCAGCUGCGGGGCUCGUGUGGCCGUGCCCGCUGCGGGGCUCCAGGCGCUGCCCAUCAACUUGGCCCUCAAAGCCGUGAUCGAGAAGUGCCGGCAGGAGGAGCGGGCCGGGGCCGGGGCCGGGGCCGAGACGUGCAGGGCACACCCCCGGCAGCCGCUGAACAUUUACUGCCUGCAGGAGCGGCUGGUGUGCGGGCAGUGCAUCACCAUCGGCACGCACCGCAGACACCCCAUCGAUGAUCUCCAGAGCGCCUGCGGGAGAGCCAGGGAGGCUUCGGGCCAGCUCCUGGAGGAGCUGACGGAUCGAUCCCAAUCCAAGGUGUUCUCGUGCUCCGAGAGGCUGCAGCAGCACAAGGCCCGGUGCCAGAGCGCCCUGCAGAGCGACAGGCAAGCUGUGCUGCAGUAUUUUAAGGAACUUGGUGAUGCCUUGGAGCAAAAGAAAGCAGCUCUGCUGAGCGCACUGGAUGAACUGGAGAGCUGCGUUUCGGAGAAAUACGAUCCCCUCAUCGAGGAAGUGGAAAACCUGAAGCAGGAAGAGAAUGAGUUAAAGGAGCUGCUCGCAGCCCUUCAGCAGGAGGAGUCUCCGCUGCUUUUCCUGGAGAAGCUGCAGGGGCUGCAGCUGCGGCUCCAAGCUCUCAGGCAGAAGCAGCUCCCGGAGCCUGAACCCGUGGAGAUCCAUCCAAGCAUGGAGAAGGUGCUGCAGGACACGUCCAGAACUGAAUUCGGGCAGCUCCACAAGAUCCACGCUCCAAAGCUACGCCUGGCUCACAAAAGCCAGUGCUCUCGAGAGCAAACAGCAGCGUCUGCACUCUGGGCUGCUUUCACUGACCCAAGCGUUCUCCUGCUGAUCCUGAGCUCAGUUCUGUUGCUCUGGCACAAGGAAAUCUCAUCUAGAGCCAUCUCUGCUCCUCUGGCAGAUCUCUGGAAAUCCCUGCUGCAGGUUUCUCAGGAUUCCUGCACGUACCUGCAGGACAGAGUGCGAGGGCUGUGCUACACUUCUGCCCUGCCCAGGGAGUGGUGCAGGAGAAUCCGUCCCGACUACUUCGGUUAG